AUGGGGAAAGGCGACGCACGCAACGAUACAAGCGUGAGUCAAGGGAAAAAAUGCUUACGUCAUUUGGUCAGACUGCAAAGGGAGUUAUAUUCUUUACUCAAUGUGAGCAGCUGGAAAGGUCAUUUGGUGUCCCCAUGUGACAGACUGCGCGGUGGGGCGGCGUCAAAUAGGGACAACAAAGGUUCCCCACAAAAUGCAGCGCUAAUCGAAGCGUCAACAGAAUUUUCAGAUGAAGCCCCGGUAGAAGCCCCAAACCACCUGAACAAGUCAGUCAGAACAUUGCACAAAUGGACCCCCUUGGACAGUAAAAGGGAAAACAUUUUGGCCACUACGGUGGAGGAAAAAUACAUAGAAGAAAUGCUCAAUCGUAUGUAUACCCUAAUGAGUAGAACCGCGCUAAGCAAAGCUCUCCAGCUGAGCGAACAAGUGAGCAACAAGGAUCUUUACACAACCAUUUUAAUGAAGUACUUCCAUAAGAUUAAUAGGAGGGAUAGAAGGGGAAUGCGUCGCGGAGGGACCAUCAGCUGGAGCGGAGACACAGCGAACGAGUUGUUAAACCUGUUCCUCGUGUGUACAGAUUAUUACGUGCGUAUGAAGGGGGUUCAGGGGGGAAGCAUGAGGAUACACACCUGUGAGGGGAACCAAUUUGAAGAUACCCCCUCUGUGUGCAGGGACGUAUUGGGAAUCCUCUCGCAGGAACUUCGCACAAAUUCGUGCACCUUCAAAGUGAAGGAAAUGAACGACUUGGUAAGUGCUAUGCUGCGACUAAGAAUGGUUGACCCGUUUGUGGUGGAUGAGGACAUUGCAAACUAUCUGAUUAAAAGGUUUUCCUCUCAACUAUUCCGAGCGAACUGUUCUGUGGUAGAAGCGGGGGCAGGUGGACCCAACGAAGGCGAAUGCCGCAGCAAAGGUAGAGAAGACGGGGGUGACGGUGUUGAUGGUGGGGGCAGUAGACCCGCAUUAUCUUCAACGGGAGAAGCGGCCCGCGCACCCCCAUGUCGCUCGAUUCAUCUGGGAGAUUUGGCCAAAGUCCUAUACCAAGUUGUAACCAUGAAUAAGAAUCUGGUGAGUGAGAAAAAAGACUCCCCUUCGGAUCGGUUCACAGAGGAGCAAAAAAGUUUAGUGAAUGCCAUCCUUGCGUAUUCAAAAAAUGAAAUUAAAAAGAGCACAGUUGUUAAGGACAAGCUGUUUUGGCGAAGUUGCACCUCCCUGCUUUACAGCCUAACCGUUUUGUAUAACAAAAAAUGGCACGCGGAUUGUAUAGAAGUGUAUGACCACGUAGUAAGGGCAUAUAAUGAAUGCUUCGAUGUGGACCUUUCUGAAUUGAUUAGCCUUAACUGCCAUGAGUUUAAGAAUUUCGGGACGGAGCAUGGGCCUGAGGAGGAGGUAAAGAGAGCGUGUCUUGUUCGAAGCAUUUCCCAUUUUUGCAACUCCAAGGCGACAUCAAUCAAGUUCGUCCUGUCCACAAAAGAGCAGCGAGAGGAGAAACACACAUUGUUCCUCUGCCUCGAGGAGUUAAUUAAGCUGGCGUACGCUGUGACCUUUUUUUACAAACAAAUUGGGUCCUCAGGGGAGGACAUAAAAACCACGUGGAGUCAUCGUAUACGAGGAGUCAUCUCGUCCUUGCUGCUCGUUACGGACGGGUUGGUGGAGCGCGCUGUUGUGGAGGUCCUUCCAGUGAAGAGGCAAAGGGAUGAAGAUGAGGGGGAGAGAAGCACACGCACCCUCCUUCUCAAACGCUUAAGUCAUUUAACAAAUGUAUAUUAUGAGCAUCACAUUGGGGACAUGAAGGUCCUGUGUGCCAUAACCAUUUUAAUUAGCAAAUGCAAGGAUGUCGAUUUGGUCGUCCUGAGCAAUAUUUUAAAUAUUUUUACAAAAUUGGAUUUCUCCUAUGACGCCUUUUUUGUGAGUUUUUUUUUUUCGAAUUGUAUGGGGAAGGGUUACCUUGGUGAGGAGGUUUUGAAGGUUCGCUUCUUUCAGCAGAAUGGGCGUCGCGAAGAUGGGUUGAGUGACCAGACUGAGGAGAGAAAUGCCCUUCAGGAGGAGAAAGGGAAAAAACCCAUGGCUUUUUACAUAUGGAGGGCAUUCAUUAAAUGUGUGAAGAGGAGUGUGGUGGACAAGCAAAAGUUGAAAGAUCUCUCCCCUGUUAAUAUCACCAAACUUAUGAAUGGGCUUAUGUAUUUCAAGUGCUUAGAUAAGCAAUGUAUAGAAGUUCUAAUGAGGAUAAUAGCAGCCCAGUAUAGGAAGGGUGAAUCAGUUGGGGUUAUAAACGGGGCGGAUCGAAGUGAAGUAAAUAUGUAUGGCGCAACAACAGGGGUACCAAACUUCAACUUAAUCUCGUUGGGGUCGCUCCUCAACUACAUGAGCAUGACGGACGACAUCCAGUGUUACGAAGCGAAGAUAAAGCUUGUUCAAAUGAUAGCACAAAAGGUAGUGCAUCGGGAAAAUUCAUUCGAUGCAAGAUUGCUCUGUAGUAUUUAUAUCAGCUAUGCCAGAUUGAAUAUACAUGACGUAGGUCUUUUUUAUAUAAUAAGAAAACGGCUUAAUGUGAGUCAGUUAAAUGACCUGAACGUGUUAGGCAUGCUUUCUUAUAUGAACAAAGCAGGAAUAUAUGACGAGGAACUUUUACGCACUUGCUUUAACAACGCUUUUGCCAAGUGGAGAAACAAAACGAAGCAGCGAUUGUCUUAUGCAGUUCACCUUUUAUUCAUCUUAACCUCGAUAAGCCAAACUUACCUGUUUGAUAAUUUCUACACAAUUAUUCUACACACUUUUCACCACUUUUUCUUGGACAUUCAUUUGGGGGGAAAUGCCGGAAGAGUGUUGGACAGUGUGAGCAGAGAAUAUUUGAAGAUUUUUAAUUUUUUUUUGUGUCAACAUUGGGAAACCGUGGAGGAGGGGAUGGGCGCUACGAAUUCUCAAAUUCAGAAGAAUGUGCUGACCGCGUUGCGCCAGGUGGUCAGCAAAGACGUGUGCAUUUCCUAUGACAACAUGCCCAAACUUCUUCAAAUUGUUAGCAUCGAUCUGGAGCCGUCGCUCACCAACAAUUGGAUGGAGACCAACCCGUACGUGUUUAAAAGCCUGGUGCAGAUCUACGAGGAGUAUCUAAACUUGAUCAUACACCGGGUGAAGGGUUACAAAGUGCUGAUCCUGGACGACGAGACGAAGACGAUAAUUUCCCUCAUUUUCUCACACUCGUAUAUCCUCGAAAAGGAGAUCUUCCUCACAUUGAAUUUUAACGACAGCAAUAUUUUUGAAGAUGCGACUAGUAGCGGUGGAAAAAGUGAUAAGUUUGAUUUCAAGAAUUACAAAAUAAAAAAUCUGAAGCAUCUGAAGGCCAUUUUCCUUUUAAGGCCAACACAUACCAACAUACUGAAGUUAAUGAAGGAGUUGAGGAAACCAAUAUUCUUAGAGUACUACCUGUUCUUCACCAAUGUCCUGAGCGAUAAGUACACGGAGAAGCUAGCCAAGGCGGAUGAAUUCGAAGUCGUAAAAAAUAUUAUGGAGUACUACAUAGAUGCAUAUGUCCUCCAUGAUAAUUUGUUUUCCCUAAAUAUUGAUUACACAUCUUUUUUGUACAAAAAUGAUAUUAAGCAUUGUCUGUCCAUGGGAGGUAGAGGUAGGAACAGAAGGAAGAGGGAGAUGAGAGGUCCUUUUUUGAAAAAUGCACCAGGUAUGUAUAACUGGACUGAUGGAAAAUAUGACCUUGGGGGAGCUAGAAACAAAUAUGAUAAGCUUACAAUUGAUGAGUUUGGACUUAUUGGAGAAGGAAAGGAAGAUGCCUUUUCCAAUGCACAAAUGCAAAAUAGUGGUGAUUACAAUAGCAGUGUCCUUGUCGAUGAUGAUGUGAGUAGCUACUCCAGUUUUGCCCUGUUUGAAAAUCAAGUAGUUCAGAGGAUAGUGGAUGGAGUUUUCUCCCUUUUGUGUUCCGUUAAACAAGUGCCUGAUAUUAUAUACAAUAGGAACUCUCCCAUUUGUAAACACAUAAUUGAUUUAUUAAAAAUUAAAAUGUUAAGAAAUGAAUCUGUUUUUUCUGGUGUAUUGGAUGCGUAUGAAAGGUAUAAUGGAGAAGUGGAGAAGCAAAUAAAAAUGGCUAAUCAGCAGGGCGACCAUAGUAACUACCAAUUUAAUAGCAUUAUUGGGAGUCAGUCUAUGAGCCUGGGGACUGAGGGGAAUUGUUGCUAUAUGUUAAUUUUGGACAGAAGGGAAGAUCCCAUCACUCCGCUGCUAACCCAGUGGACGUAUCAAGCGAUGUUGCAUGAACUCAUCGGAAUAGAAAACAACAAAAUAAACUUGGGCAACAAUUCAGAAGAAUCUCAAAUAGUGAUGUCUUGCAUCUAUGAUGAUUUUUACAAUGAGCAUUUAUUUGAUAAUUUUGGAGAUCUCGGACAAGCAGUCAAAUCAUAUGUAGAUGUGUAUCAACAGGAGACUUCUAAAAAGAGCAAAUUAGAAUCAGUAGAUGACAUCCAGAAAUUUAUAGAAAUUUAUCCAAAUUAUAAAAAGCUUUCUGGAAAUGUUACGAAACAUGUGAAUGUCCUUCAUAAAUUUUCUGAAGUUGUGGAGAAGAGACAAUUAUUUUACAUGUCCGAGUUAGAACAGUCCAUCGCCAUUGAUUACAAAAAAAGUGAACACUUUAAGCAGGUCAUUGAGACGAUUAGAAAUAAGGCGUACACCAAUUAUGAUGUGUUAAGGCUAUCCUUGUUGUAUACGCUUAAAUACGAGGACGAAGAAGAAGUCGAGAUGAUCAAAAUGGAGUUGACCAAAAGGAAUAUAGACAAAGAUCAAGUGUUACUCAUAGAUGCCUUACUAAUGUAUGCAAGUGAGGAGGCGAGAAAUAAUCAGCUUUUUAAAGAGCAGACAUUUUUAGACCUUGCAAAAACGACCAUAACGAGAACUAUUAAAGGGACCUCCAACGUUUUUACGCUACACAAAUCGUACAUUUAUUACCUCAUUGAAGAUUUGAUGAAAUCCAAACUGGACAGUCACACGUACACGACCACCAACUUGCUCAACAUCGAACCGAAUGUGAAUAAGCGAGUCAACUCCAUGAUCAUAUUCUUCAUCGGGGGGGCCACCUACGAGGAAUACCGCGACUUGCAAUAUCUGAGCAAGCGAUACAACAUUUCCUUUCUGCUCGGCGCCACGCAAAUCCACAACUCGCAAUCCUUCCUGGCGGACGCGCUGCAGUUAGUCAAGGACUAA